GAGGUUUAAGGGCCUCCGCUGUAUAAUCAGACCAGAAAGUGAACUAAACACGCAAAAGUUAGAAAAUUAAUUCUGCGUUAGUUACUCCAGGCUUAAGGUUAAGCACCUCCCAAACACGCCUAUGAGGGCCCUCGUCCGGAUCCACCUGCCCACGGCCAUCUCCACCGGAUCCUUCCUCCACACCUCCUCAACCGCCGCCUCCAAGACCCUAGUACCGAACCCCAACCUCGUCCCGCUCCGGCUCGUCCGCCACUUCCCGGCCAUGGCCGCCACCGCCGCAGACGAGUUCGUGAAGGGCCGCGUCUUCCCCAACGGCGUCGCCGUCAUCACGCUCGACCGACCCAAGGCCCUCAACGCCAUGAACCUCGAAAUGGAUGUUAGAUACAAGGCACUUCUUGAUGAAUGGGAAACAAAUCCAAGUGUCAAGUGUAUUCUUGUGGAAAGCAGCUCUUCUCGUGCCUUCUCAGCAGGGAUGGAUAUUAAGGGGGUUGCCGUGGAAAUACAAAAAGACAAAAAAACACCACUUGUGCAAAAGGUAUUCACAGUAGAGUACUCUUUAAUUUGUAAGAUACAUGAGUAUGCAAAACCUUAUAUAUGCUUGAUGGAUGGAGUGACAAUGGGAUUUGGAAUUGGGCUAUCAGGGCAUGGCCGCUACCGCAUUAUUACAGAGAGAACACUCCUAGCCAUGCCUGAAAAUGGUAUUGGCCUGUUCCCAGAUGUUGGCUUUGCUUACAUUGGUGCAAAAGCACCAGGAGGGGGUGCAGUUGGAGUUUACCUUGGGAUUACUGGAAAAAGGAUAUCAUCACCUGCUGAUGCUAUGUUCAUAGGCCUUGGUACUCACUAUGUACCUUCUGCAAAUUUGGGUUCACUCAAGGAGUCCCUGCUGAGUGCUAACUUCACCAAUGAUCCUCAUAGAGACGUUGAGUCAGUUCUGACAGGAUACAAGAAAGAACCAGAGUCUGAACCACAACUAAAAAAGCUUUUGCCAUAUAUCAUUUCUUCUUUCAGUCCUGAUAAAUCAGUGGCUGAAUCUGUGGAAGAGCUAAAGAAAUGUAGCCGAAGUGGUGAUGCUGCAGUGGCAGAAUGGGCCAAUGAAGCUUUAGCAGGAAUUGAGAAAGGCGCUCCAUUUUCUCUUUGUUUAACACAGAAGCAUUUCUCUCAAGUUGCAUCAGCAUAUGGGACUAGUGAACACUAUUUAUCUAAGCUGGCUGGUGUUAUGAAAUUGGAAUAUCGCAUUGCCUUGAGGUCGUCGAUUAGAAACGAUUUUGUUGAAGGUGUGCGUGCUGUUUUAGUUGACAAGGACCAGAAUCCGAAGUGGAAUCCAGCCACUCUGGAAGAAGUAAACAUGGCCGAGGUCGAAUCAGUUUUCGAGCCAUUAGGGGCCGAGGCUGAGUUGAGUGUGUGAAAUAUGGCCUGCCACACUCAGUUUUCUUAUUUGUGCUGCAAUAAUAAUGUAUACAAAACAGAAAUGCGAUGCCCACAGAAACAAUAAAUGCUGUGUCUUCAUGAACUAACUGGAGUGGUUCCAUUUUCUCGAAAGGGGCGCGUGGGAAUCUAAGGUCUGUUGCUUGCUUUCCUGCCUCUGCCUGCAAUAUUCCAGCCAUGGUACCAGGUGGAUGGCCAAAUACUCUAGAAGCGUUUGCCCUGGGCACUUGCAUGUAGCUUGAUGUGAGUAGUGUAAGAACAACCGGGUACGGAAACCGUUGUCUGGCCAGCAGAUUUCAAGGCGUGUUUAGACAAGUGUACAACUGACGCGCACAGAUGUACGGAGUAUAUAUUAUAUGAAAUAUGGCACUAAAACUCUUUUCCCA